AAAUUUGUGUUGGAAUACAAUUUCGAAACAAAACCAUAAUAAGCGGAACGCCGAGUUUUGGAGUUAAAACUGCUAAGCUGUCGCUUGCCUUUUUCAAAACUCAAAACCCUCUCCCUCUACGUCUUUAAAUUUCAUGUGUUGCUCACAGGUCGCCGCGAUCGAUGGCUCUUCCUGGUUUCCCUUCUUUGCUAACCGAGUUUAGGGCUGUUGAAGAAUGACUGUGUUAAAGCGUUAUGUGCUCCGAUUGUUCAUAUCAAUAAAGUACAUCACAGCAAAUGUGGUGGACAGAAAUAAUGGACGGAUUGUUGCAACGGUGUCAACAGUUGAGCAUGCUAUCAAGGAUUCACUUGAGUGCGGCCGGUCUUGCAAUGCCAAGGCAGCAGCAGUUGUUGGGGAGGUGUUGGCCAUGCGACUGAAGGUGGAGGGUCUUGAACAAGGGCAGGGAAGAGGGAUUCAUGUUGAUGUAAACAAGGAAGUAGAAAAAAAAGGGUUCAAGAACCGCACCAAGGUAUGGGCCAUUGUCAAUGCUCUUAAGAACAAUGGAGUCAGCCUUAUUCUGGAUGAUAAUGAUGAUACUAGUCGGCCGAGUUACUAAUAUGUUCCCUUUUCCCUUUCCUAUUUCAUAUGGAAGACAGGUUUACAAAUACUGUGUAAAGUGUUGCCUAAUUGACUUGUUUUUUAUUCUAUUUAUUAUGUGAAGACAACGUGAGUCCCCCUGAAA